GAGAAAUACUAUACCUAAUUCAUGUUGAUUGAGGCAGCUACAGGUUUAUGUAUACUUUCCAUAUCGUUCCCAUAAAUCCAUUUCAUUAAUAUAAUUAGAAGCAAUUAUUUCACUCCACUUACUCUUUAUCAUAAUAUAACAUUACCUUUAUUUCAUCUAAAACCACUUCUUGAACCAUUUCUCUUUAAAGCUUUAUUUUCUGUAAUUAAAUGUUAAGUGUAAAUUUUAGCUUUGCUAUCAGAAGUAAAAAAUGACUAGCGGUGCAUCUUCUCAUCAACAAGCAAAAACAAAUCAACCUUUAUCACCUAAGGAGUUUUUUCAUAAGCUUUACGGCGAUUUAGAUAAUAAGCCUUGUCAAGAAGAAGUCAAACACACAUCGGCAUCCAUUAAAACCAUUGACAACGAGUUGAUUACACCAAUACCAAUACUAGCGCCAUCGACUUUACCUUUUCUUCUACCUCAUGCUAGCGAAUCACAGUUAGCUGUAGCUGCUGCGGGUUUAUCAGCCUUCCUUGCUAGAAGGCGAAGGAAAGAAGGAAGACCACGACGCCAAAGAACAACUUUUAGCAGUGAUCAAACAUUGAGAUUGGAGAUAGAAUUUCAAAAAUCAGAAUAUAUCAGUCGGGGACGGAGAUGUGAACUAGCGGAAUCGCUUAGGUUGUCAGAAACGCAGAUAAAAAUUUGGUUCCAGAAUAGGAGAGCUAAGGACAAAAGGAUAGAAAAGGCACACAUUGAUCAUCAUUACAGAAAAUUGCUGGGUGUGCUUCCUACAAGUAUAUGUCCUAUAUGCGCGGACAGUCCAUGCUAUCAUGCAUCCCCAUUAUUACAAAACCAAUAUAAUGUACCUCGCACCAAUAGUCUGCAGUACGAAGACGAAAUAAAUAUUCAAAAUGAUCCAUAA